CAGUGCCCGACCUCACUAAUGCGCUUGUGGCUGGAUGGAAAUCCCCGCAGCAAUGUUUCAACAUCUCGUGGAAAGAGUGGAGUGGAUGCUGUUAUAUCAGCACUGGGGAACUAACUUCAUAUUCAUGGUCAUGAUUUUGGAAUGAUGUUCGACAAGCAGGUGUUCACAUGCUUUUAGUCAUCUAGUGUAUCUGGGGAGGGAGGGGGUGCGACCCCCAGUGCCUCUGAUGGUUUCAUAAUCAGUGGUAAACAUGGACAGUCACGUAGAAACCGGAGAGAGCAGAUGUGGCCGCGAAUUCUAGAAACUCAUUCUCCACACACAAAAACGUUGGAUUCAACAAGCAAAAUACUUACCCUCGCCCCCCUGUCUACAGUUGCCUUUGGCUUUGGUCAUACUCGGUAGAACAAUUCAGUGGUUGUUAUGCACUGAAAUUAUCCUCAUCCAAUGCGUUAUUAAGCCUGCUUGCGUAUCUGAGCGAGUUAUAUAAACACUUGUAAACUCGUUAAACCAGCCUGUUCACACUGUACCAUCUACUAACGUAUCGACGAUGUGCGCGGCCAAAGUACAGAAGAAACCGUUGCGGCUCAUCGCCGCUGCAUGCAACAACAUGGGAAUAGGAAAAGAUGGACACUUGCCAUGGGAUUUACCUUGUCAACAGGUGGCAUGUAAAGUCAGAUCCCAUUAUGCUUUUUGGGAUGGACACGGUUACUUGAUAACAUUUAAUGACAGGACAGAAUUCAAAUUCUUUUUGGAAACUACAACAAAUGUCUCCCUACCAGGGAAAUUUAACAUGAUGGUGUGGGGCAGGGGCUGCUGGUUCUCCAACCCAGACAGUCUGUUCUCUAUGAUGCCCAAUGUCCUCCAUGUGGUCCUGAGUACCACCCUGAGUACUCUCCCGGAGCAUGCCCACUUCCUGUGUCAAGAUUUCGACAGCAUGAUCAGCUUAGCCUUGCUGCAACCCCUAUGUGACCUGGUGGAGACCAUCUGGGUUGUGGGUGGUCCACGGGUCUAUCAGGAGGCUCUGAUGCAUCCCUGGUGUGAACUCGUCUUCCUCACUGACAUCAUGGCUGACUUCGACUGUGACGUCUUCUUUCCGCAGUUUGACCGAAGCGUUUUUAAAAAACAACAUAGGUUUCCUGGAGUACCAAAUGAGAUUCAGGAGGAGAAUGGGGUAACAUUUAAGUAUGAAGUUUUCAAGAGGGAGAUCUGUAGCGCUGAGGUGAUUUAAAACUGUAACUUACUGCAUGAAUGCAAACACGGACUGUUCUUUGUCAGAUGUCGGGUGCCUUUUUUAACUAUUCAGUUCUCCAGUGCAAUUCUAAUAGUAAUCAUUAUCCAGUUGUACAUCACACAUGUCCCACUCACUCUGCUUCAUCUCAUCUGCCAGUGACUCAAUCUGCACAGUGCCAUGACACUAAUGAAUCAGAUAAGUCAAUGUGUCCAUCCCAUUCAGAUUUGUCUUACUGUAGGUCAUGUAUUGUCAGAUACAGAAGGCUUUUCAUAUUUGGUACAAAUGAUGGAUCCACUGCUGUCCCAGAUAAUAUCCUUCCUUGUCUGUUGUAUCAUCCUUGCUAUCCCCUCCCCUCAUCUGUAAUUUUCUGCUAGGACCAAACCAAUAUGGCUCUGUCUGAGUCAGAGAGUAUGUCAGAUGAGUGGUCUGGGGUUACUCAUAACAACAUGGGCACUAAGGAUGGGGGGUUUGUUCCUGAUAGUGCUUACGUAACAGAGGGCGAUAUUUAUGUCUGAAGAUUUCAUAACAUAUUGCGAUUUACAGCAUGAAGUCGCCAACCAAAGGCUGGAAAUCAGCCUAGAAUGGUUUUACAUGUAUAAUUAUGAUUCUAUCAAAAGAGUAUAAGAGUGCUUAAUAUGAGCCAGGAAAUACAUAUUUUAUUCCAGAUAAACAAAAAAUGUCUUGCUUAUUCUGAAUGAUGUUUCUUGAAAGGUGUAGGAGAGCUGUUAUUAAAUGUAUUGCAAAUGUUUACAAUUGAGGAAAUCUCUGCAAUGUAGUGAUAUACGUUGUAAUGAUACUAACAUACAGUUCCUUUGGGGAAAACAUGCAUCUUCUAUUGUAAAUUAUUCAACUUGGCAUGAUAUUGUAUUUGUCAUCAUGGCUAAUUGAAUCACUUGUCAAUCAGUAAAUAUUCAUACAACUCCAUCUUUCAGUACACAAUGUUGGAGUAAAUGAUCCACUAGAUGGAGACAUAAGACAAGACAUAGAGAACAAAGCGCCCCCUGAAACCAAUUUCUUUCCCUUUCUACAAAAAUAAAAACAUGAUCGAAUGUCAUGGAUGUGGGUGGA